AUGUCUUACCGCAACGAGUCCGACAGCUACGGCAGUGGCAACCAGAGCUCCGGCUAUGGCGGCAACGACUCCAGCUAUGGAAACAACGACUCUUCCAGCUACGGAAACAAUGACUCUUCCAGCUACGGCAACAAGUCUAGCUCCAACCGCAACGAUGACAGCUACGGUAGCAGCAACAACAACUCUUCCAGCUACGGAGACAAUGACUCUUCCAGCUACGGCAACAAGUCUAGCUCCAACCGUAACGAUGACAGCUACGGUAGCAGCAACAACGACUCCUCUAGCUAUGGCAACAAGAACUCUUCCAGCUACGGAGACAAUGACUCGUCCAGCUACGGCAACAAGUCUAGCUCCAACCGCAACGAUGACAGCUACGGUAGUAGCAACAACGACUCUAGCUACGGAAACAAGUCCAGCUCCAACCGUGACGACGACAGCUAUGGUAGCAAGAACACCAGCUCCAGCUACGGUGACAACAACUCCUCUAGCUACGGAAACAACGACAAUGACAACGACUCUUCCAGCUACGGCAACAAGAACUCUUCUAGCUACGGCGAUAACGACUCCUCGAGCUACGGUAACAAGUCUAGCUCCAACCGUGACGACGACAGCUACGGCAGCAGCAACAAGAACUCUUCUAGCUACGGAAACAACGACAAUGACAACAGCUCCUCCAGCUACGGCAACAAGAACUCUUCUAGCUACGGUGAUAACGACUCCUCGAGCUACGGAAACAAGUCUAGCUCCAACCGUGACAACGACAGCUACGGUAGCAGCAACAACGACUCCUCUAGCUAUGGCAACAAUAACUCUUCCAGCUACGGAGACAAUGACUCGUCCAGCUACGGCAACAAGUCUAGCUCCAACCGUAACGAUGACAGCUACGGCAGCAGCAACAAUGACUCCAGCUACGGUGGUAACAAUGACUCCAGCGAUAGCUUUGGUAGCAAGCUGCUGAACAAGGCCGAAGGUUCGUAA